AUGCCCAAGAGAAAGAAACCUGCUCCUCCAAAGCCGGAACCCAAACCUAAAAAGGCAGCUCCAAAGAAGGGUGAGAAGGUACCCAAGGGAAAGAAGGGGAAAGCCGAUGCAAGCAAGGAUGGAAAUAACCCUGCAGAAAAUGGAGAUGCCAAAACAGACCAGGCACAGAAAGCUGAAGGUGCUGGGGAUGCCAAGUGAAUUGUGUGAAUUUUUGAUAACUGUGUACUUCUGGUGACUGUACAGUUUGAAAUACUAUUUUUUAUCAAGUUUUAUAACAAUGCAGAAUUUUGUUUUACCUUUUUUUUAAAGCUAUGUUGUUAGCACACAGAAAGCUUCAUUGUUGUGUUUUAGGGGGAGGAGAGGGGACAAAUGUCGUUGACUCUGUUACUUAGAACCUGAACUUUUAAAGUCCCUUCAUUUUUGCAAGAGGGGAUAUUCAUGGACACGAGAACAGAAAAGAUUCCCUGAUAAUUGUUUGUUUGUAUUGAUUUCUUAAAUGGUUAAACAUUUAAAUUCCCCAGAUGCCUGUGUCUUGAGGAGGAGGAGGUAAAUUUUAAAAUUCUGCUUACCAUGUUCAUCCUUUUCAUAUGGUCAUUUACAUUGUAUUUAUCACUCCUCUGAGAAUGGCAUAGGGGUCCUUUCUUGCUCUCUUAAAUCAAGCCAUUCUUACAGUGUCAGGCAAUUCAGACCUCUGGUGUCAAAUACGGAGGGAAGGAGGAUGGCUCACAGAUGAGCCACGUUUCUUUUUUAUAGAGUGAAUCUUCAGAUUAAGAAUUCUGCAGUUUUGUUCUUCUCUAAAAGUCAGGGUAGGCUUGUGAAAAGUUGUUAAACAACAUACUAAAUGUGAAAGUGUCCACCCUCACUCUAAACUUUCCCUGUUCCAAGUAUGAAGUCAAGAUUCUUCUUCAUUGGGUUUUAUAUAGUAACUUUACAUUUUGGUAGUCCAAGAAGAAGGGGAGUUGGAAAUUGUUGUAAAACAUUGCAGAUUGUAGCCCAUGUCCUGCCUGAAUACCAUUGAUUGAUCGUUUUAUGAAAAGUACCUUUAAUAAAGCUGGAUAUUGUUUGGCUUGGA